GGCGUGGUCACGUUGGUUCCGGUGUGCUCGCGCAGUUCUCGAGAAUCAGAACAAGGAAAUACACACGGAGCCGCUGAACGUCAAGUUGUUGUGGUGGUAGAUUUUCUCUAAUAACACCGUCAGCAGCUCGCCGCUGAAUGUGAUCCAAAGAUGUCCAGGUGUGGGUCCAAGCAUAGAUGGUCCAGGCCAUCUCCAGGCCUGCCUGAGCCUCCUCAGGUUCAAGGCAUCCAUGUCUACCUCUUCUGGACACGGGAAGGGGAACGAUACUUGUCUCACACAAGUGGAGAGGUGACAGCAGAGGAGCUGUGCAUCUCAGCUGCAGAGGCUGUGGGAAUAACUCCUGUUUAUCAUGUGCUGUUUGCGCUGUACAAUCCACUGUCACGUUGUUGGUACAACCCAAACCACAUUUUUAAUCCAGAGGAGAGCUCCCUCAUACUUCACUACUGUAUGAGGUUUUACUUUCGGAACUGGCACGGGCUAAAUGACAAGGAGCCAACUGUAUCCCGUUAUGGUCUCCAUUCCGGGACAGAUGAGCGCUGUUCCCCUCUGCUUGAAAUGUCAUCCUUGGAGUAUUUGUUCUCGCAGGCAAAAUAUGAAUUUGUGAAUGAAGUUGUACCCAUGGAGGAGGUGCAGUCAGAGGAGGAGUUGACUCAGUUCAAAAAUGAGUGCUUUGGAAUGGCAGUACUUCACCUCUCACAUCUAGCAGUUCAAAAAGUCUGUACCUUACAGGAAAUUGCUGAUAACAUCAGCUAUCUGUCCUGCAUUCCACGGUCUUUCGCCAAACACAUUUCCAAAGAGAACUUUGUGACCAAAUUCAGGAUCCGGCGAGGGUUUCAUGACUUUGUGAAGACCUUCCAGCACCACACGGUGGAUCAGGGUCGGCUCUGCUCCCAGGAAAUAAUGUACAAGUACAUAUCUACUCUUGAGCAUUUGGUGCCACGCUUUGCCACAGAAACGUUCCCUGUAUCUCACCUGCAAAUAAGGAAGGAUGGCAGUGGGAGCAGCUCUUACUCCAACACCAACCUUGUCCAAGGUGUCUCGAAAGACAAUAUUAGUGGACUGGUCACACAUGAAAUACUUGUUUCUGGUACCAAGGGGAUUCAGUGGAGGGAAGUGUCUGGUCAGAAGGUUCAGGGAAACACUUACAUCAGGAAUGAUUACAUGAACUACAUGAAGAAAACAAAACAGCAGUCGAGCCAAACGAAUGAGAACGCUGCCCAUAAAUGGAGCUCUUUCUGUGAUUUCCCAGAAAUAACACAUAUCGCUAUCACUGGAGUUAAUGUGUGCAUUAGCACUCAAGACAGUCUGUGCAUGGAGGUUAAGAUGAACUCCAGCCAGGAGGCUCGAUCCUUCAUCUCCCUCUUAGACGGAUACUACCGGCUUACUGCAGAUGCUCACCACUAUUUUUGCUAUGAAGUAGCACCUCCAAGGAUUGUGUUGAGUGCAGAAAACAGACUUCAUGGACCAAUUCUUGAUGAGUUUGUGCUGCAGAAGCUGAAAAAAGAGGAAAAAGGAGAGGGAGCCUUCCUUGUGCGUUGGAGUGCUCUUGAUUAUCGCCGUAUCAUUCUCGCUGUCCUGCACAAAAAUAAGAAUGGAAUAUUACAGAGCCACAAGCAGUUUCUGAUUCAACAUAAGGGUUCAUCGUUCUGCCUGGAGGGCUUGGACAAAGAGUUUUCCAGUUUGAAAGAGCUCACAGACGUUCUCAAGACUUUUGUGCUCAAGUCUGGUGAAGAAAACUUUUCUGUGAAAAAGUGUUGCCUGCCCAGAUCAACAGAUAUAUCCAACCUCCUGGUGAGGAGACAUGGAACAGACAAUCACCGAGUCCAUAAUGACUCGUUCUCCAUAAAUUUGACUGAACUACGCUUCCACCAGAUCAAAGACAGAAAGAUAAUACAGGACCAACACUUGGGACGUGGCACCAGAACCAACAUCUACUCAGGUUGGCUGCAGUCGUUGGAUGCCAGGGACAAUGAAGAGGAAGAGUCCAACAACAACUUUACAGACCCAAGAGGAAUGCGAGUGGUUCUCAAGAUUUUAGAUCAAAGCCAUAAAGAUAUUGUAUUUGCAUUUUUUGAGAAUGCAAGUCUUAUGAGUAAGGUCUCCCACAUCCACCUGGUGUAUGUGCACGGCAUUUCUGUCAGAGGAUCAGAAAACAUCAUGGUGGAAGAAUUUGUGGAAUUUGGGCCAUUGGAUGUUUUCCUUCGCAGGACAAAGACACUAGUGACUCCUCAGUGGAAAUUCAUUGUUGCAAUACAACUUGCCAGUGCCCUCAGUUAUCUUGAGAACAAGCGGCUUGUUCAUGGAAACAUCUGUGCCAGGAACAUUUUGGUGGCCAGGCCUGGCAUGGAUGGUACGACUCCUUUUGUCAAGCUAAGUGACCCAGGAAUUGCCCUGAAUGUCCUUUCCCGGGAAGAGCGUCUUGAGCGCAUCCCGUGGAUUGCCCCUGAAUGUGUUGACAGCGGUGCACUCAUGGGCAAUUCUGCUGACCAGUGGAGUUUUGGUGUCACACUGCUGGAAAUCUGCAACAACGGCGAUCUUCCAAUGAGUGGCAGCACAUUGUCAGAGAAAGAACGCUUUUAUCAGCGAAGGGGUCGCUUGGCUGAACCGUCCUCCCAGGAACUAGCAAGCUUUAUCAGCAAGUGUUUAAACUAUGAGGCUGUGGAGAGGCCGUCCUUCCUCUGCGUGCUUAGGGAGCUCACAGAAAUCAGGAACAGAAAUCUUGACAUGUCCCCUAGUGAAAAUCUUCCCGACAUGAACUCCAGCGUGUACCAUAAACGCUACCUGAAAAAGAUGCGUGACUUGGGAGAAGGUCACUUUGGCAAGGUGACUCUUUACAUGUAUGACCCGGCCAAUGAUGGAACAGGAGAACUUGUGGCGGUGAAGUGUUUGAAACAAGAGAACGGCCUGGUGCCCGAUGGCUGGAUGAAGGAGAUCGAGAUCCUGAAGUUGCUUGAUCACACCAACAUUGUCCAGUACAAAGGCUGCUGUACUGAAUUUGGUGGACAAGUGGUGCAGCUAAUAAUGGAGUACCUUCCUCUGAGGAGUCUACGAGAGUACCUUCCCAAACAUAAACUGGGGAUGCCUCAGUGCCUUCUCUUUGCCCAGCAGAUCUGCCAAGGGAUGGAGUAUUUACACUCGAAGCGAUACAUCCAUCGAGACCUAGCUGCCCGUAAUGUCUUGGUGGAAAAUGAUAGUUUGGUCAAGAUUGGAGACUUUGGCCUGUCGAAAUACAUUCGUGAAGGAGAGAACUACUAUCGUGUCCACGAGGAUGGAGACAGUCCAGUGUUUUGGUAUGCCGUUGAAUGCUUGAAAGAGAGUAAGUUUUCCUUUUCCUCUGACGUUUGGUCUUUUGGCGUUACGUUGUAUGAGAUCCUGACCCGCUGUGACCAUGGCCAGAGUCCUCCAACAAAGUUUUUUGAAAUGAUGGGGAAGGUACAAGGACAGAUGACUAUGGUGGGACUCAUAGAACUGUUGGAGCAAAAGAAGAGACUGCCAUGUCCAAAAGAAUGCCCCUAUGAGGUGAAGAGCUUAAUGGAGGAAUGCUGGGACGCCGACACCACGCGGCGACCAUCAUUCACGUCCCUCAUUAAAAGGAUUGAGACAGUUUGCCAAACAUAUCAGUGGCAGCCAAAUAUAAAUUUUUCCUUGGCACAAAUCUGUUGAUCUGGAUUCAGUGAGAAUCUUCCUUUUUGGAGGUCAUCACCAUGGUAACCUUAUUGUAUAGUUCAGGGUGAGUCACAGUGCUGAUUUCUGUUGUCUCCGUCUGCGCAGCUGUUGUAUUGUAUAUAGUGUUAUUGUACAUAAAACCAGUACCUGGUUGUAUCUUGUUCACACAGGGGGAAAAAAAGGAAAAAAUGGUUCCUUUAGCUUUUGGUUAAUGAAUUGUGGGAAAACGUCAUGCAAUCGAGGCAACAAGAGAGACUGUGUUAAAUUGUUAGAUAUUUUAGAUCUCACUAAUGUUUUAGAAUGUUGAAUGUAGUGUAAUGCACAAGAGUAGGCACACAGUUGUUGUGAGUUAUUUUACUAAUGACUGUGUUUAACAAUAUUAUGUGACUUAAGAGAUAGAUUCUUACAGUCUGACACACUGUGACCAAUAGGUGGCACUUUGCUGCAACGAUUUUUUAUAUAUGUAACUUGCAUUGAGGCAAUGCAAGUCUUCAACACCCAAGUGUUUCUGUAUAAAUAUUAGAGCUGCCACAAAUGACUAUUUUGAUAGUCGACUAGUCAGCGAUUAUUUUUGUGAUUAGUGACUAGUCACAUCAUACGUAAAUUGCAGCUUAUCGCAUUUUAUCA